AAAGGAAGUAUAAUCCAAAAUCAAUCCUAUCUGUAAACGAAACGGCCCGGGGACACGUGUCACACGUGUCUUGUCGCCGCUGUUAGUCCAUCACUAUGGCAAUGCCGCGCCAUAACAUCAUUUUCUCUACACAAUUUCUACGUGUGCGGUCAAAUCAUAGGAAUGUCGCGUAGUUUCGGUUGACCGUACAUCAAUCAAUACUGGAGCGUGGUGUGUGCUGGAGGAAUCAUAAAUUUUCGCUUCAUUGCCGUGGGGCUCGCGUUUCCGCGCUCUAGCUGAAAGGGAAAGCUACCAUAUUUUUGUACAAUUUGCAGUCGUUCCAGCCUAUAGACGAGUGCCAUGAAACACCAACAAGUGGUACCGGAUUAUGUGGCCAUGGUAAAAACAUCCGGCACGUGCUUGUGCCUGGUGUUCUCGGGUUGGGUGCUGUUCAAGCUUGUGCAAGCAAUUUUCUGGCUUCCGGGAUAUUUGGAAAAGACCCAGGGAAAUUUAUACCGGCGACUAGAGCUACGGGCAACCGACGUUUGUGAUGAAGCAGUAAAAAGUUCGCAGGAUCAAAACGCCACCUCGAGCAAAUGCACUCGUGAACGAUCAUCGCAGGAAGACCUGAACGCAAACGAGGACGAUGCUCUCAUCUCUGAGGAAAAGAUGGAAAAUGAAGCGAUCGAGCCGGAAACCGACAGCAAGAAGGACAAAUAAGCUAAGCGUACGGGAAUUGUCUCAUUUAAUGACCGUUUGGACAUUGUGGUGGAGAAAAUAAAGAUUCUUUUUGGGAAAUACGCUUUAACCGAAUCCUUUUUUGU